UCUUGUCCCGCAUCAACUUGAAAACCAACAACAUCAAGCCAUCCAUCCAUCCAUCAAUCCAGCCCACUCCAACUACCUCAACACUCUCUCCGUAUCCCUUGAUCUCCAUUCUCCUGAGACGGACAAUUUACUCCCGUUGCGCCCCUUGUCCUGUCUUGCUUUGCUUUUUCUUUUUCUGCCGUUCCCGCCGUGAGCGCAGCCAGCUAAUCCCUUCUCCAUCGCACUACUUGCCCGCAACGACACGCCAUGGAGCCCAUCGUCGAUGCCGAACAGGCGAGGAAGUUGUCGCUUUUCCGACCUCUUGGUUACCAGCGCAAUUCCUGUGGUUACUGCAAAUCUGAUAAUGGAAGUGCCUCCUACUACGCUAGUUCGGUUUCUGUACGCCCGGCGCAUUAUGAAGCUCUGGUCAACAGGGGCUGGCGAAGGUCGGGGACACUGUACUACAAGCAGAACCUGCAACGAUCAUGCUGUCCUCAUUAUACGAUGAGGCUCGAUGCCUCCGCCUUCAUGCCUAGGAAAGACCAACGGAAGGCUAUCAACCGUUGGAACAAAUUCGUUCUAGGCCCGGAGUAUAUCCGUAGAGCGGCAUACCUCUGCCCCAAGACACGGGAGGAGAAGAAGCGUCGCAAGUGCAACUUUGACCUUCUCGGUGCAGUCCACGAGGCCGAAUACAGCAAUGUGAAGCGGCCCAUUGACCCCAAAACUAAGAGACCUUUGGAACCUGCUCAUCGAUUCGAGGUCAAUCUGGAAGGCGACUCCAUCUCUCAAGCCAAAUACGAACUUUUUCUCAAGUACCAGACCAAAGUCCACAAAGAGGAUGCUUCCAAAUGGGCAAACAAAGAUUUCAAGCGCUUCCUUUGCUCGGGAAUGACUCGAUCUCCAGCAAAUGCUGCCAAAUCAGAUGAAAAGAAGCUGGGCUCGUGGCAUCAAUGCUACCGGCUGGAUGGCAAGCUCAUCGCAGUGGCGGUCUUGGACCUUAUGCCAAAUGGUGUGAGCUCGGUCUACAUCUUCUAUGACCCGGAAUACGAGCAAUGGGAGUUUGGGAAACUCAGCGCAAUGCGGGAAAUCGCUUUUGCCAUUGAAGCGCAAUACCAGUACUAUUACAUGGGCUACUACAUCCACUCCUGCCAGAAGAUGCGCUACAAGGGAACGUUCCGUCCGCAGUACAUCCUAGACCCCGAAAGCCAUACAUGGGACCCUCUUGAUGGCGAACUAUCCAAGAAGCUCGACGAACGGCCCUACGUAUCGCUCUCACGGGACCGACAAAACACAACCACAACCACAACCGGAGACAACAACACAGCAACACAAGAAGAAGCAGACGCCGAGAUCAACGACGAAGAAGUCUCCCUCUUCGACCUCAACAUGCCCGGUAACAUGACUCUCGACGAAAUCAAAGCGCUGGACCUAGAUCACUGGCUUCUGCUGGUCCACGGUACUUUCGUGCAUAUGAUUGACCUCGUCGGAUGGGAGAAAAUGCCCAUUGAUAACCCCCAGUCCGUCAAAGGUAUUAUUGCCGAGUUGGCGGCCGUGCUGGGCCCGGAGGUCGUUAAGAACAGUGCUGUGGUUCUUUUCGAUUAGCGGGGUAGUGAGGAUGUAGUAGUUAUCUUGCACGUGUCUGUUCAUGUGGUGGAGAUCGUAUAGUAUUUACUACCAUUCAGCGGGGUAAUAUGCCGAUACUUGUAGUAAAAUAUGAAAGCCAAUUUACC